CCAGCAGUGAACCAGCAAACAACCGAGAGAGAAAGAGAGAAAGAAAGAGGGGAUGGAUGGAGGGAGCGAGAGGGAGGUGAAGUGAGAACAUGUGAGCACUCAGAGACGACAGGGAUUCUUCUCCUAUUCAUUUUCUGUCCGCUCCUUUGUCGCUGGAUUGUAUUGAUUCCGGUAUGAACCCGGCAGAAGCGGCCGAGGAGGCGCCCAGCGACCCCGACACUGAUGCCUUCUACAAACCAGGAUCAUUCAGGAAUGAAGGCAUCAGGGCAUCUGACGUCCUGCCUGUGUUAAAGGAGAAAGUUGCCUUUGUGUCAGGUGGGCGAGAUAAAAGAGGAGGACCAAUUUUGACGUUUCCUGCCCGAAGUAACCACGACCGAAUAAAACAAGAAGACCUGAGGAGGCUGGUCACGUACCUUUCCACUGUUCCCAGUGAGGACGUAUGUAAACGCGGUUUCACUGUAAUCAUCGACAUGCGAGGGUCAAAGUGGGAACUGAUCAAGCCCCUGCUGAAGACGCUGCAGGAGUUCUUCCCUGCAGAGAUUUGUGUGGCGCUUAUCAUCAAACCGGACAACUUCUGGCAGAAGCAGAAAACAAACUUUGGCAGCGCAAAGUUCUCCUUCGAGACCAGUAUGGUGUCAGUUGAAGGUCUGGCCAAACUGGUGGAUCCCUCCCAGCUGACAGAUGACUUUGAGGGGUCUUUGGACUACAACCACGAUGAGUGGAUGGAGUUGAGAGUAUCUCUGGAGGAGUUCAUGACCAGUGCUGUUCACCUGCUGUCUCGACUUGAGGACCUGCAGGAGCUUCUGUCCAAGAAGGAGUUUCCUGCAGAUGUGGAGGGAUCUCGUCGCUUGAUUGAGGAACACACACAACUUAAGAAAAAGGUGCUGAAGGCUCCAAUUGAGGAGUUGGACCGGGAAGGCCAGAGGUUGCUGCAGUGUAUCCGAUCAAGUGAUGGUUUUUCAGGGAGGAACUGCAUAUCUGGCUCUGCUGACUUCCAGAGCCUGGUGCCCAAGGUGGCCAGUCUGCUGGAUAAGCUCCACUCAACGCGGCAGCACCUCCAUCAAAUGUGGCACGUCAGAAAGCUCAAGCUGGACCAGUGCUUCCAGCUCCGCCUCUUCGAACAGGACGCAGAGAAGAUGUUUGACUGGAUCAGCCACAACAAGGAACUCUUCCUACAGAGUCACACAGAGAUCGGCCGUGCUUACCAACUUGCUGUGGAGCUGCAGACUCAACACAACCACUUUGCCAUGAACUCCAUGAAUGCUUAUGUAAACAUCAACAGAAUCAUGUCAGUGGCAAGCCGUCUGGCUGAGGCUGGUCACUACGCCUCCACACAGAUAAAACAGAUCUCAGGUCAGCUGGAUCAGGACUGGAAAAGCUUUGCUGCUGCGCUAGACGAGCGCUCCACCAUCCUCGCCAUGUCGUCUGUCUUUCACCAGAAGGCUGAACAGUUCCUGUCGGAGGUGGAGGCCUGGUGUAAAGUCUGCAGUGAGGGAGGGUUACCUUCUGAGAUGCAGGAGCUGGAGCUCGCCAUCCACCGCCACCAGAGCCUGUACGAGCAGGUAACCCAGGCUUACACUGAGGUGAGUCAGGAUGGCAAAGCCCUAUUGGAUGUCCUCCAGAGGCCUCUGAGUCCCGGCAACUCUGAUUCGCUGACAGCCAGUGCCAAUUACUCCAAAGCGGUUCACUGCAUCCUGGAUGUGGUUCAUGAAGUUCUCCAUCAUCAGCGGCGUCUGGAAAACAUUUGGCAGCACCGAAAGGUCCGACUGCACCAGAGACUGCAGCUGUGUGUGUUCCAGCAGGACGUCCAGCAGGUGAUGGACUGGAUUGAAAACCACGGCGAAGCUUUCCUCAGCAAACACACUGGUGUCGGGAAAUCCCUUCACCGAGCCCGAGCACUGCAGAAAAGACACGACGACUUUGAAGAUGUAGCUCAGAACACAUACACUAAUGCAGACAAAUUGCUGGAGGCGGCUGAGCAGCUGGCUCAGACUGGAGAGUGCGACCCAGAAGAAAUCUACAAGGCAGCCAGACACUUGGAGGUCCGGAUCCAGGACUUCGUCCGACGAGUUGAACACAGGAAGCUGCUCCUUGACAUGUCCGUCUCCUUCCACACACACACUAAGGAGCUGUGGUCAUGGAUGGAGGAGCUCCAGAAGCAGCUCUUGGAUGAAGUUUGCUGCGACUCCGUCGACUCAGUACAGACUCUGAUCCAGCAGUUUCAGCAGCAGCAGACGGCUACACUGGAGGCAACGCUCAACGUGAUUAAAGAGGGAGAGGAAUUAAUACAGCAGCUCAGAGAUGCUGCCAUGUCUACCAACAAGACGCCACACUGCAGUUCCAUUGCACACAUCCAGGGGGUGCUGCAGCAGCUGGACGAGGCCCAAGGCCAGAUGGAGGAGCUGUUCCACGAACGCAAAAUCAAACUUGACAUCUUUCUCCAAUUACGCAUCUUUGAGCAGUACACUAUCGAGGUCACAGCAGAGCUGGACAAUUGGAACGAGGAUCUAUCUCGUCAGCUGAACGAUGCCAGCCGCUCGGGAGGUGGCAGCAACAGCAGCGGCUCCUCCUUUGGCAGCGCAGAGGACAUCGGCCUAGCAGAGCAGCGGCUGAAACGACACGCGGAGCGGAAGGCUGCCAUGAAUAACAUGACCUAUGAAGUGAUGCAGCAGGGUCAAGACUUGCACCAGUACAUCAUGGAGGUUCAGGCCUCAGGGAUCGAACUGACGGGGGAGAAAGACAUGGACUUGGCCUCUCAGGUUCAGGAGCUGCUGGAGUUCCUCCACGAAAAGCAGCAGGAGGUGGAGCUCAAUGCGCAGCACACGCACACACGGCUGGAGCAGAUUCUGCAGCUACGCCAUCUACAGGCUGAGGUUAAGCAGGUGUUGGGUUGGAUUCGUAACGGUGAGUCCAUGUUGAACGCCAGCAUGGUGAACGCCAGCUCGCUGUCUGAGGCUGAGCAGCUGCAGAGGGAACAUGAACAGUUCCAGAUGGCGAUAGAGUCUCUGUUUCACGCUAACUCUCUUCAGAAGACUCAUCAGAGCGCUCUGCAGGUCCAACAAAAAGCCGAGAUGAUGCUCCAGGCAUGUCACUACGAUCCAGAGGCGAUUCGAAACUGUGCAGAGAAAGUGGCCGUUCAUUGGCAGCAGUUGAUGCUGAAGAUGGAGGACCGCCUGAAGCUUGUGAAUGCCUCGGUGGCCUUUUACAAGACGUCUGAGCAGGUGUGCAGUGUUUUAGAGAGCCUGGAGCAGGAGUACCGCCGGGACGAGGACUGGUGUGGCAGUCAUGAUAAACUGGGAACUUCGGUUGACAGCGAUCACCUUCUACCUCUGAUCAGUAAACAUCUGGAGCAGAAAGAAGCUUUUCUUAAGGCAUGCACUCUGGCUCGAAGGAACGCUGAGGUGUUUCUGAAGUACAUUCACAGGAACAAUGUGAGCAUGCCCGGAACAGCCGGUCACACCAGAGGCCCUGAACAGCAGGUCAAAGCGAUUUUGAACGAGCUGCUGCAGCGAGAGAACAGAGUCCUUCACUUCUGGACAUUAAAGAAACGAAGGCUGGACCAGUGUCAGCAGUAUCUAGUGUUUGAACGCAGCACCAAACAGGCUCUCGAUUGGAUCCAGGAAACAGGUGAUGUUUACCUGGCUACUCACACGUCACCCGGAGAAAGCAACGAGGAAACUCAGGAGCUCCUCAACGAUUACCAUCAUUUCAGACACUCUGCCAAGCAAACUAAGGAGAAGGUGAAGCUGCUGAUCCAGUUGGCUGACAAUCUGGUGGAGAAAGGCCACGCCCACGUGUCAGAGCUGAAGCGAUGGGUGAGCACGAUGGACCGCAGGUACCGCGACUUCUCCAUUAGAAUGGCCAAAUACCAGGAGAGCCUCGAGAGGAGCCUGGGGGUCAGCUCUGAGGACAAUAAAGAUUUAGAGUUGGAUAUUAUCCCCGCCAGCCUGACUGACGACCCAGAGGUCAAACUACGUGACCCCAACCAUGAGGUCAAUGAAGAGAAGAGGAAGUCUGCCAGGAAGAAAGAGUUCAUCAUGGCAGAGUUGCUGCAGACAGAGAAGUCCUACGUCAAAGAUCUCAACGAAUGUCUUGAGACCUAUCUGUUGGAGAUGACCAGCGGUACGGAGGAGAUUCCUCCUGGCAUCGCCAACAAGGAGCACAUCAUCUUCGGCAACAUGCAGGAGAUCUACGACUUCCACAACAAUAUUUUCCUGAAGGAGCUAGUGAACUAUGAGCAGCUACCGGAGGACGUUGGUCACUGCUUCGUCACCUGGGCGGAUAAAUUCCACAUUUAUGUGGAUUACUGUAAGAACAAACCAGACUCCAGUCAGCUCAUACUGGAACACGCUGGAGCCUUCUUCGAUGACAUUCAGCAGAAACGUGGACUGGCCAACUCCAUCUCCUCCUACCUCAUCAAACCAGUCCAGAGGAUCACCAAGUACCAACUACUGCUGAAGGAGUUAUUGUCUUGCUGUGAAGAAGGCAAAGGGGAGAUUAAAGAUGGUUUGGAGGUGAUGCUCAGUGUUCCUAAGAGAGCUAAUGAUGCCAUGCACCUUGCCAUGUUGGAGGGCUUUGAGGUGAACCUGGAUGUGCAGGGUGAGCUGAUCCUGCAGGACAGUUUCCAGGUUUGGGAUCCGCGAUCUCUCAUCCGGAAGGGGCGGGACAGACACCUCUUCCUGUUUGAGUUCUCGCUCGUCUUCAGCAAAGACAUCAAAGACUCAGCUGGCAGAACCAAGUACCAGUACAAGAACAAACUACUGACGUCUGAGUUGGGGGUGACCGAGCACAUUGAGGGGGACCCGUGUAAAUUUGCCCUGUGGGCAGGAAGGACCCCUUCCUCUGACAAUAAAACUGUGCUAAAAGCGUCCAGUAUGGAAGCUAAACAGGAGUGGAUUAAAAACAUACGGGAGGUGAUCCAGGAGAGGAUGACUCACCUGAAGGGGCCGCUCAAGGAGCCUCUUCAUGUGCCCAAAACACCAGCAUUGAACAAACCCAGGAAUAACACAAAGAGGGAGGGAGGUGAAGAUGGAGACAGUCAGGGAGAUGGCAGCAGCCAACAGGACACCAUCUCCAUCGCUUCCCGGACAUCCCAGAACACUGUAGACAGUGACAAGCUCUCUGGUGGUUGUGAGUUGACGGUCGUCCUUCAUGACUUCACAGCAGGAUGCAGCACGGAGAUGUCUGUCAGCACAGGUCAAACGGUCGAGUUGUUGGAGCGGCCGAGUGAGCGGCCCGGCUGGAAUCUGGUCAGAACCACCGACCGCAGCCCUCCUCAGGAGGGACUGGUUCCCAGCUCUGCGCUCUGCGUGUCCCACUCACGCUCCAGCGUGGAGAUGGACUGUUUCUUCAAUUCGGGAAAAGAAAACUAUCCAGUCAGCAGCUCUGAUGGGAAGACUGAGUCAGUGGCGAACCUCCAGCCGCAGCCGUCCCUCAGCUCCCUGCAGCCCAGCUCCCCAGGUCCCAAACGCUCCGGAAACACUCUAAGAAAAUGGCUGACCAGUCCAGUCCGCCGCCUCAGCCAUGGCAGCUCCGUCAAGAAGCUCCCUAAUAACAAACAGAAGAAGACGGGACCAGGAUCUGGAAGAGAGGAAAACAGGAAGAGUAUCGACCUUGGACAGCCUGACCUCGCUCUGCAGGAUGACAACAUUGAUGAGAGGGUCCUCAGUAAGGAUGGUAACCUCCUUUCUAAGACCUCCUGCGGGAUUCAGAGCGGUGGCGAGGAAGAGCAGGACGAGGAGGCCCACACUCCUCUGCCUCCCCCCAUGGAGAUCAUCAAGGACUCAGCUCAGGAUGAUAAGUCUUCAUCCUUGCUAACAUCUAUGCAGUCGUCCUCUGAGGUGCCCAGCGCCGCAGAGCUGGUUAGCGCCAUAGAAAAACUGGUUAAAACCAACAUGACUCUGGAACCAGGAGCGUACCCUGGUUUCUCCCCGCUCUCUCCGCCCGAACAAACCACUCCCGUCCAACCGCGGAACCCCGAGCUGGAGCAAAUAGCCAAAGCUAUGAGAGGACGAAUGUUUGUUCUGAACGAGCUGAUUCAGACAGAGAAGGACUACGUCAAAGACCUGGGCAUCGUGGUGGAGAGUUUCAUGAAGAAAAUGGAGGAGAAGGGCAUUCCCGAGGACAUGAAAGGAAAAGACAGAAUCGUCUUCGGGAACAUCCACCAGAUCUUCGACUGGCACAGAGAUUUCUUCGUAGGAGAGCUGGAGAAAUGUCUUGAGGACAACGACCACCUGGCUGAGCUCUUCAUCAAACAUGAGAGAAGACUCCACAUGUACGUGGUUUAUUGUCAGAAUAAGCCGAAGUCCGAGUUCAUCGUAGCAGAAUAUGACACAUAUUUUGAUGGAAUCCAGCUGGAGAUCCAGUCCAGACUGAGCAUCAGUGACUUCCUCAUUAAACCAAUACAGAGAAUCACCAAAUACCAGCUGCUACUGAAGGACUUCCUGAAGUACAGCCUAAAGGCAGGAAUUGACUGUGAACAAAUUGAGAAAGCCGUAAAUUUAAUGUCUCAGGUUCCUAAGCUGUGUAAUGACAUGAUGAAUCUGGGUCGGCUGCAGGGAUACGAGGGUAAACUGACCAGUCAGGGCAAACUGCUGCAGCAGGAGACCUUCUUUGUGACGGAGCAGGACACCGGCGUCCUGUCGCGCUCGAAAGAACGACGAGUUUUCCUCUUUGAGCAGAUCGUCAUCUUCAGUGAGUUGCUCAGAAAAGGAUCCUCCACGCAAAGAUACCAGUUCAAGAAGAGCAUCAAGGUUUCAUACCUGGGUCUGGAGGAAAGUGUGGAGAACGAUCCCUGCAAGUUCGUCAUGUCAUGUCGCGGCUCAUCUGAGCGUUUCACUCUGCAGGCGGCCAACGUAGACAUCAAGCAAAUCUGGGUCCAACAUAUUCAGGAAGUUCUGGACGCUCAGUGCAACUUCCUGUCUGCUCUCCAGUCACCUAUUGAGUACCAGAAGGAGAAGGGCGCAGGAGGUGGCUGCUCGUCACUGACCAGAAACCGUUCGUCUUCUGGGAACCGGCCCAGCAUUUCCUCUCACAGCCGGCCGUCCUCCGCUGUCGGCCUCUGUGACAAGGAAACAGAGAGAGGGAGGAGCCAGAUGAAAGUGUCAACCUCCAACGGUGGUUCGUCGUGUUUUGACUCGAGGGACAGCGACGGCGGCUGCAACGGCGUCUCCUCCACCAUGCUGGUCACUCAGAACUACUCAGCGCUCAAGGAGAACGAGAUCUGCGUCAGUCAGGGGGAGGGGGUGCAGAUCCUGGCCAACAACCAGCAGAACAUGUACCUUGUUUACCGUCCCGCCAACAGCCAGUCGCCCGCCGCUGAGGGCUGGGUGCCAGGACACAUCCUGGGCCCAGCCGCAAAGUCCAUAAAAGACUCUUCCUCUACUUCCUCCUUCUCAGCGGCGGUGGCCGAUGCCAACAACAUCAAGAAGUCUCUGUCGUGGAACACACUGCGUGCCCGGAAGCGCGCCGAAGCCAAGGACGGCACCUCCUUUGGGGUCAGAGGUCACGAGAACGGCCUCUUCCGUAAACCCAAAGAAACCACGCCCCCUCCCCCUAUAGCCUCCCCUGCCACGGGGGUGAAGGGCAAAGACACGUCAGAUGAGUCGGACUGUGACGAUGACCUCGUCCCAAAGACCGGCAUGGAGCUUCUGAACCCAAACUUCAUCCAGGAAGUGGCUCCAGAGUUCCUCGUCCCUCUGUCAGAUGUGGUGUGUGCAUUUGGAGAAACAGUCGUCCUUUGCGGCAAAGUCUGUGGACGACCCAAACCCUCAGUCACCCUGAAGGGCCCUGACCAGAGCCCAGUGACCAGCAACAGCCGCUUCACCAUCGACAUCAGGGACACGGGUGACAUCCUGUUGAAGAUCUGCAAUCUGAUGCCUCAGGAUACGGGGAUCUACACCUGUGUUGCUGUCAAUGACCAUGGCUCUGCCUCAUCCUCUGCCUCUAUUAAAGUGCAAGGAAUACCAUUAGCUCCUGGGCGGCCUGUGGCACAGGAAGCCAGUAGCACUGCUGUGAUGAUCGACUGGUCACCGCCGACUUCAUCUGCCCACUCUGCCGUCAGCAACUACACUGUGGAGUACAGACAGGAAGACUCGUUGCUAUGGCAGCAAGUGGCCAGCAGCAGGGAGGAGUGUAUUCAGAUCGACGCUUUGAUCCCUGGCGGUCACUAUCAGUUCAGAGUAAGAGCCUCCAACCACUGGGGGGUUGGGCCGCCGUCCGAGCCCUCCAACAUGGUGACACUGCCCAGCAGCAACUCUGGAAAGGACGGUACAGGAAUCCAGUGGAAGGAAAACUUUGACUCGAGCUUCUCUGAGAUCUGUGAGAUUGGAAGGGGACGAUUUUCCGUGGUGAGAAAAUGUCUCAACAAGCCCACAAAGAAGGAGGUUGCCGUGAAGUUUGUGAGUAAGAAGAUGCAAAAGAAAGAGCAGGUGGCUCAUGAGGCGGACAUCCUGCGGCACGCACAGAAUCACCAGCUGGUGGUUCUGUUGGACACAUACGAGUCUCCCAAUUCAUUGAUGCUGAUCCUCGAGCUGCUGGAGGAUGGUCGUCUGCUUGACUACCUCGUUGCCCACGAUGAGCUGAUGGAGGAGAAGGUGGCAUUCUUCAUCCGAGAGACACUCGAGGCGCUGCAGCACCUUCACACCUGUAGAGUAGCGCACCUGGAUCUCAAGCCUGAGAACAUCAUGGUCGACCUUCACUCUCCCACCCCGUGCAUUAAACUCAUUGACCUUGGCGAUGCUGUCCAGCUGUCCUCCCACCGCCGUUACGUCCACCUCCUGCUUGGAAACCCAGAGUUUGCCGCACCUGAGCUCAUCCGUGGGACACCAGUCUCUGUUGCGACAGACGUGUGGAGCAUUGGCGUGUUGGCUUACGUGAUGCUCAGCGGCGUUUCCCCAUUUCUGGAUGAAUCUCCAGAGGAAACUUGCGUCAACAUCUGCCGCCUGGACUUCUGCUUCCCGGACGAAUACUUCCGCGAUGUGAGUCAGGCGGCAAGGGAUUUUGUGAUGUCGGUGCUGCAGCAGGAUCAGAGGAAGAGGCUGAGUGCUUCUUCCUGUCUGCAGCACCCGUGGGUGGGUCGUGGGGGCGCACAUGGCGGGGAGUACUCCAAGACACCCCUGGACACGACAAGGCUUGCCACAUUCAUUGACCGAAGAAAACAGCUGCAUGAUGUUAGGCCCAUCACGAAUAUCAAAGGGCUGGUGAGCAGCAGCAUGGGCAACACACUGUGAGAUCUGAUUGUCCGAACAUCCGAGAACAAACCAUGUGUGACCACCAGGAAUGAAAUCAUCAAUAUACUUUAAGCAUUUUAAUCAUCCUGAGUAUUUUAUACUUUCUGAGUGGGGAAAGGAUUUGGUGCCUUUGGAGUAAGAUUUAAUUAUCUUUCCUUGGUCCAAAUCUAUUGAGCAAAGAAAGUCUUUAGAUUUUAUGGCUGCGCAUUAUUCAAAUUUGACCAACAUUUCAUCAAGUCUUUUGUUACAGAAUCUACAGAAGUAGCUCUGAGGAAAAUAACCACUGUGAAGAAGCAUGAUGGCAACAUGUUCGAUUUUGUUUACAUUAAAUUGUUUAUUUUUAACAGAUACAUUUUUUUUAUUUAUUAAAGAUAACGGUCUGUUAAUCCAUAAUGUGGAGCUAAACCUUAACUUAGAUCUGAUGAAGGUUGUUUCCUCAACCUGAGACACGGUUGGGCUCAGGGACACUUGCCUGUUGGCAUCCUCACUAGCCAAGGGGCCAAAAGAAUCUAUAACUGAACAGGCUAAACAGUAAUGGAAAGUUUCAAACCAAUAAGGCACUCUGUUGUGUCAACAAAAUAACUGGCUUGAUGUAUGCGUGACCAGCGGCUGACAUCAAAGAGUCAGUUCGUAGCAAAUCUGGUUAAACACUGUGAUGAAUUAUGUUAUUAAAGUGUCUGCUGUUGUCUAAUUUGAGCUAAAUUAAGAUCCAGGAUAAGUGUUAGAGUAGUUAAAAAGCCUUUAAUGUUGGUUUUCUUUCUUUGGCUACAUAGUAAGGUGAGCAGGGUCAGAGUUCGAUGCCUUGCCCAACUGUACUGACGUGAUUUUUAGCCUUUAGAGAAUAAACCUGGGGAUGUAGCUUAAGGGAAAAAACAAGUCAACUAGUAAUCGUACGUUUACUAGUAUCAACAGUAUGAUGAGACACUACAUCAAGAAAGUAGUUGUAAACUCUCUGAAGAUGUACACAAAUGUGGACUAAAUGAAGGCCGACUGUUUCAGUAUACAAAUCUCAACAUUGAGCAUAAAUGAGCUCAAUGGUUUCUGUGAGAAUUUGCCAUUUCACCCAGAAGCAAGAAUGUUUAACUAAUUGUGGUGUUGACGAUGAGGUGAUUCAUCAAGGAGGGAAUAUGAAACAAGAUCUUGCCAUCUCUCAUUUCUCAUUGUUCGUCUCAGUUUGGUUACUGUUGGGAAUUUUCUUUUAAACAGAAAAAUAAAAAUAGUUAAGAAACCAGGACUUAAGGGGAUGUUGUACUCGUCUUGUCCGUAACAGAUCCUGAAACUUAAACCACCAACAACAACAGUAUUCUUGGUUGCAUCUGAUUUGGACCUUUCUAUCAUAUACUUAUUAUUUAUCAGACUUAUUUAUUGAAUGUUUAUUUAUGUUAGGACUAAGGUUGAUCAUGCCUCAUUUUUGAAGUCGUGACCUGGACCAGAACAUGAAGUAAAACAAUUCACUGAGGGACUGCUGAAGUGAGCACGAGCAGAGUUUACAUUCUGAACAGUGUCCUGCUCGGACUUGACUGCACUGUACUAAAGUGUCAUGAAACAAGAUGAACUGGCUCGAAUGUACCAGCGGCAUCACCACCAGGACGGUGUCACCCUGACACUCAGGAUUUCUGUACUUAACGUUGGAUCUCUGACCACAUGGGGAAACCUGGAGGCUGAAAUCUGCUCGAUGGAACACAAUUAGUUUGUAUCACUGUUUACAUGAACUUAGUUAGUAGAAUAAUCAGGGAAAACCUGCAUGUUAAAUCACCAGGGAUGGUUUAGAAGUCCAUCAACAUUAGGUGUGGAGGUGAGAAAUGAACUCGAUCCCUAUUGUGUGUACAUUUGUCUACAACCACAGUGACAAAUCACAGACUCUCGUGUUUGGUUCUCGUUUGUUUGGCUUGUAAUAUUGCUCCGACUUAGCAGCUGGUGUGGCUAGAGGACAGAAGAUAAUGUUUCACUGUCCUGUUUCUACUGAUGAUUGUAAUUUCUUGUAGAAUGUGUUCUGCCAUUAUAGGUGAUGUCUUCUGCUUUCACCAAAUGCUUUCACAUCAUUUUGCACCUCCAAUUACCCAGUUAGCAUUUAGCUUACUGUGAUAUUAGGCAUUUAUAUAUUGUGCAGGAAGAGGCGCAGGAUGUGGAAAUGUGAGCUGCUUUGAUGGCCUCACACAACAACAUCAUUACACAUCUGCAGGUGUAGUCAUUUGUGUUUACCUGUGCAGCUGAUUUGGAUAAGUACAAACCCGGGAGGCAAUCGGGCAUCUUACUUCUGCUUCAUUUAUUCGACUAAAACUGUCUGUGAAUAAAAGGCUACAGAGCAAUACAUUUUUAGGUAAGACACAGAUUAUUGUGAAUAUAUAAGUACGCUUAUUAAACGUAUUGAUCUCACAUUCAGAUUGUAUAAUGCUUAAACUCAAAACAAUGCACUUGCACUCAGGUAGCUCCUGUUUGUGCUUCCAUUUGCUCUGCAUGUGCUAAAACUGUGCACUUGCUUUGCACUCAUAUUUUGGUGUUUGGACAGGGUUCCUGCACUCUUGCUUCAGCUCUUCUCUUUGUGCUCAUGCCAGUCCAGUCAUCGUUGUGGGAGAUUUAGCUUUAUUUACGAAGAUGGUUUAAUAAUAAAGCACAGGGGGGUGACAGUACAUUAAUCCAGUUAAAGUAACCACCCUAACACGUCUCUCAUAGAUUAAGUUAACAUCGAUCCACAAGUGGGGGGAACAAUUUAAUCUGUCAAAUGUGGCAGACGUUUCAUUUGUGCAUUAAAGCAGCAUGAAAACAAAAAGAGCUGAAGAGCAAGAAAUCUGAGUGAAAGCAACAAACACCUGCAUGCACUAAGUUUGAGCUCAAGCAGGAGCUGUUUGAUUGAGAGCGCAGGGUUUCGAGUGAAAGCAUUUCAAAAUCUGAAUAUUAAGUAAAUAAGUAGAAAAAACGCAAUAAGCGUAGAGAGGAGAAAAAUACCUAAUUGAUCAGAAUUCACACCUUUGGUCUCACGACACAAGAGCCUGAGCCUUCAUGUAACCUCAGUUUACAUUUACACUGAAGAAGUACAUGUGUUGUGUUUUAGUAUUUCACUGAAAUACUCGGGGUCUUCGUGAUGUAUAAGGUCUAACCCAGCCUGAAAACACGUUCAGUUCACCAGAAUGAUUAAGUUAGACUGAGGUCUGUAUUCCUGUCUUUUUAAAUUCAUGUGAAACCUUUUAUUUAUUUGUUUGGAUUUAAACUUGUGCCGAGGUGACAGCUUGUAAAUGGAGAAAAGGAAGAAAUAUUCAAACUUGAGAAUGCAGUAGUAUUGUACAGUAUGUAAAAUAAUAAUCUGUUAAAAACCUGAAAAGCUCCACAUUCUGUUUUGCUUCAAUUCUUCUAACCUGCACAGCAACCGAGGCUGAAUUUGAACUUUAUGAAGAAGAAGAGUCGUCUAAACGACAAGAAACUUCACUACAGAGGAUGUUCCAGCAAAUCAGGUCCUCAAUGACAUCAACUGAAGGUGCAGCAAAAAUACUUCUCAAGCAUCGAUGGAUGUAAAAUGGACAACGUGUCUAUACUUCAUCCUGUUGUACAGUGAAGCUAAAAUACAAAACACAGGUUCAGCAUUCUUGUGCGUUUUUUUCUACCCAAGGUCUGCGCAGUAGUGAUCCCCCUGAUCCCCCUGAUGGUGGAGCCAUGGUAUCCAGGUUCUGCAAAUAAAUGCACUCGACCAAUCACGACUCAGCUUGGGCUGCCAAUCAAGAAGUUUCACCACAAAAAUAACUUAUUAAAACCAAACUUACUGGAACAAUUAGCACUUGAAGUUUGACUUUUUAGUUUGGUCCAUGUUCCAUCUGCUCACAUGGAGGAGGAAGGCUUACGGCCUAUAAUGGACCCAGCUUCCAGCAGCCGAUGAAAGUGAUUUGGCUUCACUUUGGGGAUCUGCAAUUAUCAUUUCAUUUUCAGGAGGCACUCCUCUCUGGUCCAAUUGCUACGCUACUCUUGCUGAAAAUAUUCAGAGGUAGAAACAUCAUCACCUUAUAGCAUGUCAGGCUUCACUGGUUUUGAAUUGUGGAUCAUAUACAAAUAUAAUGUAAAUAUGACUCAUGUAAAGAUGUAAAUGUACCUGAGAUUCUAACCCUGUCCCAAUGUUUAGUUUUUAUUUCUAUCCAGAAUCCUCCAGGGGGCAUUAUACAAAGAAAAGAAUCACAUCCCUGCAUGGUUCAGACAGAACUUCAGUUCUUUGUCUCAGAGGUAGCACUGUGGUGGCUCCGCCCUGUUGAAUGUGCUGUUCCAUCGGGACCCUGUUGAAAGGUUUUACCGUCGACUUCAUGUCGAACAGCUGUAUGAGCUGCUUCCUUGUGUUCCUUACGACCUGCUGGUUUGUUACUCUUUACUAAUAAAGA